GAAACUCGCUCUGUGAGGAAAAGGGGACAGAUGAAAGUAACUUCGUCUGAACUUUCUGGAAAGUUUUCUGCAGUAUUUAUGUACACGUUCACCAAAGGAAACUUCUAGCACCAGGAACCAACACGUUACAAGAUGAAGAGUCUAAAGUAUCGAUUGAAAAAGCACGAAGUUACAAUCACAAAUACAGACUGGAACAAGUAUGAUGACCGGCUGAUGAAGGCCGUGGAGCGUAGUGAGGUGGACAAGGUGGCUGCUGUUCUCAGCAAGAAGGGCAUCAUCCCCACCAAGCUCGAUGUGGAAGGACGCUCUGCGUUUCAUUUGGCUGCAACACGAGGACACCUGGACUGUCUCAAUCUCAUCCUGGGACAUAAUGUUGAUGUCACUGCAACUGAUGCCACAGGGAAAAAUGCUCUUCAUCUGGCUUCAAGAAAUGGACAUUCUCUGUGUGUGCAGAAACUCUUGCAGCACAACUGUCCAGUUGGAAAUGUGGACCUACAAGGAAGAACAGCUCUACAUGAUGCUGUGAUGGCAGGCUGCUCGUCCAGCGUGAAACUUCUCUGUGACAGCGGGGCUUCUGUGAAUGCCACUGAUUUUGAUGGGAGGACACCUCUGGUGCUUGCAACCCAAAUGUGCCAUUCACGCAUCUGUCAGCUGCUGCUGGAGCGAGGGGCUGAUAUCACCAUACGGGACAAGCAAAACAAGACAGCGCUGAUUCUGGGCUGUGAGUAUGGCUGUAAGGAUGCAGUGGAGGUGUUGCUGAAAAGUGGUGCUGACGUGAAGGCAGUUGACGGCUUGGGUCAUGAUGCGUUUCACUACGCUCGCCUCAGCAAAAACCCAGAGCUUGUCGCGAUGGUUAAAAGUUACCUGGAAAAAGCAACCAGAGAUAAAGAGGCUGCAAAGAAGGAACAGUGGAAGCGUCAGCAUUCAGUGGAGAGAUCAGAGGCAACUGAGGCUAACAGAAGGGAUCAGAUCAUACAUGACCUGGAGAGGCAGAACGAUACCUUGCAGGAAAGUCUCAGGAAGUACCACCAGGAGCAGAGAACCCUGUUAGAUAAGGUCAACAUGCUACAGGAGCAGCUCACAAAGGAAAAAAUGACUGCGGAAGAUACUCAGAGAGAGAAGGAGCAUUUGAAGGUGCUACUCAGUGCCAAAGAAAGAGAAGAAGGGGCUCGAGGCCUGGAGACUGUCAAGGUCCAGCUCCGGAGUACUUUGGGGGACUAUUCUGGACAGUCUGUUAUCAAAGGCAAAGAAAACAUUUUGGUCAAACAAUCUCACAGCCUGGAUUCUGAUCAGAUGCUCCAGAAUCCUGCCAUGUCACGUUCACUGUCCAGACCUCCAGAGAAGAGUCAGCCAGCUGUAGGCUUGGACCUCUCUCGUGAACUGGGUGCACUUCAACAUGAACUUGAGACGGUUAAGAGAAGACAGCAGGCAGCAGAGGAGGAGACAGCGCGGCUUCAGUCUGCCCUUAACCGUAAAAAUCGAGAGUGCCAAGAACUGGUUCAGAGCCGAGACACCAUCCAGAGACAGGCUGACAAACAGGUUCAAGAACUCGAGGACGCCUUGGGAGAUGUCCAGAAGAGGAUGCUGGACUCUGAGUGUAAGGUCAAACAGCUGCAAGCCCAUGUAGUCGCUGUUAAGGAGCACUUAGGAGGCCAGGCGACAGAAGACCUACGUAUCCAGCUCCAGGAUAUCAAGGCCAAGUAUGAAGGUGCUUCAGCUGAAGUGGGUCGCGUUCGUAACCGUCUCAAACAGAGCGAGAAGGCCUUGGAGGAAUACAAGUCCAGCGAAAGCCAGCUAGCAGCUGAGGCAGAAAGGCUGAACCAAGAGGUGGGAGCUCUGACGGCAGAACGAGAUGAACUUGCAGAAACCCUUUUAGAAAUGGAAAACCAGUUGAAGGAGACCCAGACUAAACAUGGCAACACGGUACCUGCGGAGAAAUUUGACAACAUGAAAAACCUGCUGACCAAUGCGGUUGAUGAGAAGGAACGACAGCUCGCCGAGCUGAGGGAAGACUACGACCGUGUGCUGGAGGAGGUGGCAGAGCUUCAUCGAAAGCUGGACAGUCCGUCAUCCCAGGGAGGAUCAGGGGCAAUAUCUGCUGAGGAGCAACAGAAGAUACGGGCAGCUCUCGAAGAGCAGAAUGCUUCACUGAAAAGGAAACUGGUGGAUGUGACUGCCAAAAGCCAGGCUCUAAUUCAGGAGGUGGAGGAGAGUGAGGAGGAGAGAGAUAUACUACGAGAACAGCUGGAUGAGCUCAACAGCAGGAUUGAGAUUGACUUUAUACCCAUAAAGGACCACGAGGAAGCUCGGAGUAACAUGGUAGCAGCUUUGGAGGAGCUAGAGGACAAACUGGUGGAAGCCAGUGAACGUUACGGAAAAGCAGAGGGACAAGUCCAGCAGUUUCAGACCGAGAGGGCAACGCUGCAGGAGAAUAUCAGGAGUCUCCAAAAUACCAGUGAGAGACACCAGAGUGAAAUGAUAGAUCAGAGGUCUCAGAAUGCGGAUCUGAUGAAGAAACUUGAACUAUUGCAGAAGAGAUGUGAAGACAGAGAUAAAGAGUGUGUACAGCUGACCACACAGAGUCAGACUCUGAAACAGAGCUUGGAGGGAGAGUAUGUUCCCAGACAGCAGCACGAGCAAGUGAAGAUGGAGUUAAGUUCCACGUUAGAGAGUGUUAAGGCUGAGAUGUUGAAGAUGGAGGCCAAGGAAAAAGAAAGUGGGGAAGAAUUGAAGAAUGUGAAAGAAAGAAAUGAGAAGUUGAAAGAAGAGUUGGAAAAAGUUCUGUUGGAGAUGAAGAAGUACUAUAUAAGCACAGGAGACCACCAGGCUAUCACAGACAAACUGAAUGCUGCUGUGGUUGAGGCAGAGAAUAGAACAAAAGAAGUGUCAGCAAUGUAUGUUUUGGCCCAGGAGGAAACUGUAAGGCUUAACCAAGAAUUAGAGGCCCAGAAGAGAGAACUUGAUACCAUACAGGAGGCUAUUCAGUCUAAGUUUGUCCCACUGACAGCAGCUGAGGAGAAAGAGCACUCUUACAGUGCCCAGGUAGAGGAGUUGACAGUCAAGCUUUUGGAAAUGGAAGAGAAGUAUAACAAAGAAAGGUCUUCUGGAGAGAGCAACAGACAGGAGAAAGAGAAACUAAAACUCGAGAUUGAAUCUGUUCAACAAAGACUAGACACUGCUGUAGUUACUGGUGAAAAGCACAGGAAAGUGGAGGAAGAGUUCAUGGGUAAACUUGAGGAGUUGACUCAGAAGUUGGUCAGCUUAGAGCAGCAGCACAAGGAGGUUACACUUCAGAACUCUGAUCUUCAAGACCAGAAUGCCCUCUGCGACACUCAGAUCCAGAACCUUCAGGAGCGUCUGAAAUCAGAGUUGACUCGAAUAGCAACAUAUGACACAGAGCUUAAAGCCCUCCACGAUGCCAUGCAGCAAGCCCAGGCUGAUUGCAAGAAAGCGAGAGAGGCUCAGCAGGAGGAGGCCCAAAGGGUUUGUGCCUUACAGAAAGAACUGCAGGAACGCCGUGGGGAUCAGGCUUCUCUGCUGCAACAACACGCCAAGGCAAAGGAAGCCCUGGAGGCUGAAGUCGCUAAGCUUCAAAUGGCUCUCCGUGAAGAGGAGGAAAACAGCGCCCAGAGGGCUGAAGAUGUGUCUGCCCUGCAAUCUGAGCUCCUUCAAGCCACACAGGCUCUCGAGGAGAUUCGCUAUAAGGAAGACCAAAUGAACCAGCUGAAGAAGGAGAAGCAACAGCUGGAGGAGGAGGUCGCCAACCUAAGCAACAAACUACUGAGUUUAGCUGAAGAGUGUGAAGAUGCCCAUCAGGAGGCUAAACAAGCAAGGGAGGGUGAGAGCAGUGUCAGGACUGAGAUGGAGGCUGUUCAAGAGAAGGGACAAGCCAUUGAAAGAGAAAUUAGAGAGCUCAAAGAGAGAUAUGAUGAGUCGCUCAGCACCAUCUGCGAUCUUCAGAAGAGGAUUCAGACAUCAGCUCAGCAGACUGAAGCCAAAGACAAGAAGAUCACAGAGUUGCUGACAGACGUUGAGCGAUUGAAGCAGGCACUGAACGGUCUGUCUCAGCUGGCAUACACGAGUAACACGCCCAAUAAGAGACAGACGCAGCACAUUGACACACUCCAAGCCCAGAUCAAGAGCCUACAGCAGCAGCUGGCUGAUGCUGAGAGGCAACACAGGGAGGUGGUUUCAAUUUAUCGAACUCACCUUCUCAGUGCAGCGCAGGGCCACAUGGAUGAGGACGUUCAAGCUGCCUUACUACAGAUCAUCCGCAUGAGACAGGGGUUUGUGUGUUAAAGCUUCCUCCGACAAACCACAGUGCUACCUGCUGACUCAGAUUCACCAUUUUCAAAUCCCCUUGCUGCAAAGUGUCCCUGCUGUGGCCCCUGUGGGUGCUCAGUGUGUGUUUGUGUGUUUGUCUUUUGGCAAAAUGUCUCCAAACAGGCCGUUCUGAAAUCCACUUUGUUGCAGCAUGGAAGUACUUUGGUUCCCAAAUAUCUAACUCUGUGUUGUGGGUACAGGUGAAUAACGGUGGGUUUUAUUGGUGCAAAUGUGAUAAUUCAUCUUCAAUAGAAACACAGCAAAUGAAAAUUCUGUUUAUUUAAAUUGCUUUUGUAUCACUUAAAGCCAAUGUCCUGUAUCAAAAUAACCAGAAAAAUCAUCUGUGUACUCUUUAGGCAGAAAUGUUUUUCAGUUGCUGGUAAAGUGUGUGAAAAUGCGAUUCAAACACUUUUCUGUUAAAUCUUUUAUAAAUGAUAAUUCAAAUCUCUGCAUUUUUUUGUGGGUUUAACCCAUUAUAUUCAGCAAUUUGGAAGUUAUUUGAAAUAUGGGUCCCUUUCAUAGAUUACUUGAAAUGCUCAGCUGAAAUGUAAAAUGGACACAAAGACCACUUUUCACAUUCCCACCUGACAGUCAGCUCUCAUACAUGAUGUUUUCGUAUUUAAAAGCAAUUUUUUGCUAGCAUUAUAAGGAUGCGUUCACAUUUUUUCCAAGUUGACCUUAUUACAGUUCUCGCAUGCCUGUGCAUUAUGUACAUUGAAUGUGUUAUUUGAUGCUAUAAUCAGUCCUCCUGUCCACGCUGAUAGAGAAGAGAUCCCCUCCUAACAUGGUUUCAGUACAGUGUUGAGUUGAAGUAUGCCAGGAUUAAUGACAGUGGCUAAUCCAUAUCUGGUAAACUAUCUAAUAUCAACAAGUCAAAAUGUCAAACAUGUCAAAAAUAUACUAUGUUCAAAGUUUAGGUGGAUUUAUUAAUGUAUACACAAGAUAAAAUGUGGUCAUAUUUAUUUUAUGUACAUGUCUAAAACGCAUUUCUGCUGGCAUUGAAUUAGUCAUGUAGGACAUGUGUAGGGUCUUUGAUAAUCUUAAAUGCUUUUUUCUAGUUGACAAAAGGAUGUAGACCAGCAAGUAAAUAAGUAAGUUAAAAUCAUUUCAGUAAGAGAAACAAAACGUCAAUACUUUCUGCCCUAAAGGUGUUUAAUUUGCAUAUGCAGUAGAGACACAGCUGAGUCUUCCUUGCAGUGACAUCUGUAUUUUCAUUGUGAGAAAGGCUCAUUUUAGUCUGAAAUUUCUUCUUUGGUUUCCCUGCCCGUGUUUCCCUGCACAUAAACAAAAAGGAUUUUUUUUCUUUUUUUUAUUUACUAAAAUAACUAACUUCUGAGGAUACUUAAACUGUCUCAGAGUUUCCUUGGAGUUGUCCAUCUCUUUUCCAUCUCUUACACUGGAAUAGCAUUAGAAAGGAUUCUCCUCACAGCUGGUAUGGACAGGAGGAACCAUUACAACAAAGAGAUAUGAGCUUGUGAGUACAGUAUUAACACAAAGUUGAAAACGUGUGAACCUCUCCUUUAACCUUGUUCUUGCCAGUUGUAACACUUCAUCUACUUUCUUGAGACGUUUGACUCGGACUGUACUCAUUUUGUGGCACAGUUAUCGUCUGCUGGAGGUCCAAACUGUCUGCUGUUUUCAGAAUAAUCCAAAUACCAAAGACCUGAAGUUCAUCCAAAUCUAAAAACUACUUGCCAUUUUGGUAGAUGGUAGACAGUUUGUGGUAGAUUUGGGAGAGCUCUCAGUUGUGCCUCUCACACAGUCUGGUUACAUGAGUCCGUGCAUUGGUUAUGCUGGAUUUGAGUCAUGGAGGUGUGGAGUGGAGAUCUCUUGCUGUGUCCUACAGUUUGCAGUGGCACGUCGUCCUUUUUGUUGAAACCAGAGUGUCCUCUAGUGGUGAGACUUGGCAGGCCAAGUUAAUAGAAAUUGUAAUAAUCAGUGCGGCCCAGGGGUAGGCAGUAGUUGUUUUUGGAGGCUGUAAUAUCUGCAUGCUUGUUCUGAACACUAGUGAAAUUAAUUAUAAAUCAUAAAGAGAGCUGAUAGAAUAUGAAGCAUGAAAUGUGAAUGUAAAACUAAACUGACAGAGCUUAACUACUAAUAUCUGUUGCUUUGCAUUAUACAUUUAAACCAUGUCCCAGCUAAAGCUUGACUUUAUGUAGAACCUAAUUUAUGCAGCAGUGGACUUUGCAGCUCUCCCAGAGCAACGGUUGCUUACCCCUGAGCCAGCUCUUUGUGACUCUUGAUGGUGUAGUGUAGUGGUGUUGUGAUUGUUGAGCGAGUCUCUUGUGCCUUUACACUGAUAUAUUUUUCAUAGCUUUGUACUACUUUAAUUACUGUACUACAGUGUGACAAUUCUGAUAUUCAGCAGGUCUGGAAGUAGAACGGCACAAAACACGUUCAUGGUAACAUUUACUGUCGGAUGCCAUGUGAGAGGAAUAGAGCGGUGGAUAGCCAACCCCUUCACAAAUAGUUAUUUGAAGCACUCCCGUCUUUAACUCUCAGCUAAAACACCAAGUAAAAUUUAUUGCUCUCUGUUUUUAUACUUUGGCCAAAAGCUCUGUUUACACCAACAGGUAGUUAAUGAAAACCAUACCUCUUGCAUUUUAUCAUGCAAAUGUUCAGGAUUAACACUCAUUUUAUUUUUUGGGGGAUAUUUCUUACUGUUCUCCCUCUACUGUUAACAUAGAAUCCAAUUAAAUCUCUAAAUACAUAAACUGUAUACCAAACUGUUUAAAUUGGUUGUUUUCUUUGGCAAUAAUAUUUGUGUUUGUGACUCAAUAAUACAAAAUCAAUAAAAGUGCCUAACAU